CUCGAAUGGGUUGAGGGACUAGCGAUGGAUCAACAAAAAAUCCUUCAAAGAACAAAGGGAGAACUCCAGGAGGCACCACUAAAAACCGUGGGGGUGCUGGAGAUAAGACCAAAGGAAAAUCAAGUGAUAAUAAGAGAAAGAAUGGAGGUGGACAUGAUGCAGGUAAAGCUAGUAAUGGUGGUAAUGAUGGAGGUGGAUGUGGUGAUGGUGGCUGAGGAGGUUGUGGUGGUGGAGGCUGUGGAGGUUGUGGAGGCUGCGGAGGAUGUGGUGGCUGUGGUGGCUAAGGUUGUUUAUAAUGAUGAUCUCUCUUCAAUUAAAUUGAAGAUUAAGCUCCUGAUUUGAAGUUAUCUGUCACUAAAUCAUAAGCCCUCUUCAUUUCUAGUCCCCUCCUACUAGAAAUUUCUUCUCCAUUUAUGACUAUCGAUACAUAAUUUCUAAUCAAUACUUCUUUC